CUUUCUUCUCUGCUCUCCAACUGUCACUCUUCCCUGCGCCGGCCGGCCACCAUCCUCCGCCGUUAAUUCAUUUUCCGGUGACAGUCUUCCACCUCAUUUUUACCCACUUCCCCUAACCUUACAGGAUGAUAGCUAUUUCGAAUUCUUUGCUUUUAUCAACAACCCCUUCUCUGCAUUUCACUUCUGGAUCUAGUUUGAAGUCGGCAGAUAAAAGUGUCAGUGGCACCACCAAAUUGGCCUUCAGUCCAAGGCAUGGAGGAAAAUCAUCCUCGUCUAGAAGAUCAUUAACCGUUCAAGCAGAAUAUAGUGAUGGUGGAAGGCCAAGCAAUUCAAGCAUCUUUGUAGGUGGCUUUCUUUUAGGAGGAGUAAUCGUUGGUGCACUUGGUUGUAUCUUCGCACCAGAGAUUAGCAAGGCAUUAGCCGAAACAGAUAGGAAAGACCUCAUGAGAAAAUUGCCCAAGUUUAUAUAUGAUGAAGAAAAAGCAUUGGAGAAACAACGCAAGAUACUAACGGAGAAGAUCGUCCAGCUGAAUGAUGCUAUUGACGACAUCUCCAACCAGUUGAGGUCCGGGGAUGCAGAAAAUGGAGCUGCAGUGAACCUAGAUGAAGUUGAAAGUGUUGUAUAAACAACACUUCAAUUGGUUUUCAUGUAAAUGGAUACACUUUCUGAAGACAUUGAUCAAAUUCCAAGAGCAUUGUAUCUGGACUAUUUGAAAACUACAUUACCAUUAAAUAUGAAGUGAAAAUACAAGUUUAACAUAA